AUGAGCUCAAUAAAUUCAGCACCCACCAUCGCACACGAACGCGCACACAAGCAAGUGUUCCGCCCCUUCCCAGCUCCCUUGUCAUGGAAACAAUGGGGCUACAUCCUAGGCAUGCAAGGGGUCGCCGCCAUGGCCAUUGACUGCGGCGCAAACUUUGGUAUUGCCAUUGCAAUGUAUUCGUCCCAGAAGGACGUUAGGAUGUGGGUCUUCAGCAAGAAUACCAUUGCCGGCGACCUCGGUGUGACGCCCAUCAUUCAGACGGCCAUGUCGAUGCUCAUCACCUCGACGCUCGUGCACACCGACUUGCAUAACGGCAUGAUUCCACCCUUACCAUUCGUGUACCCGCACGUUGAGCACCUUCCGGACCCGCGCAUUUUCCUGGACCGCAUCUUUAAGCGCAAACACGCGGCUCCUGGCGAAGAAGAGCUCGACAACAAGAGCCACCCGCAGAGCGGCGGGAUAUCGUUUUAUUUCUGGAUGCUUAUCCGCUUCAUCUUUGAGGGCACGGAACGCAACAUGCUUCUCUCGCGCCCCGGGUUCAAGAACUGGUGGGGCCGUCUCCUCUGGACUGCUUUGCAGGGCGCUGGCCUGGGCAUCAUCCUCGGUUUCCCUAUUUGGUGUCUCGCGAUUGUCAUUCUGGGCCCGAUCUACGGCACAGAGAACAUGGGCAACAGGUGGGCGCCCCAGGCGAUCAAGGGUGUCUACGGAGGCCUGUACGGGCUGUACUCGAACCCGAUCAUCGCUAUGAUUGCACUCGGCGCUCAGUCCGAGCAUCACUUACUCGUCGUCCCGGUUGACGAAGAGGGGUCCGUCGAGGGCAAGGAGCCCAAGGUAUACAACCUGUCGACUGCCUCGGUCCCUCCCAUUGCGGAGGAGGACGACGAUGCGCUAUCCGAAGGUGCCGCUACGCCUACACCUGACGGCCCCGCUCCUCCAUCACCCAUGACCAGGCCAAAGCCCACGCGUCUCGCCACGACUGGACAUAGCACGCCCGCGCACUUCCGCGUCGGCGAGUCCAACUCAGAGGUGCUCCAGCCGCCGCUACGUCGGACGCGCUCUCGUUCCAGCUCGAUCGCCCGCCCGCCGCUCACGUGCAACGUGUGCGACUGCCUCCCGCCUCCCGACUCGUCAACGCCAGCGCGCGUCACCCGUGCCCGUGGCUUCACGACCUCGAGCUACGUCUCGGUCUCAGGCUCGAGCUUCACCUACGCCCUCAGCGCAAACGGCGGCCGUGCCUGCCGCUCCCGCUCCAACACUGUCACCUCAGUUUCCGGCAUCGCUCCGUCUAACAUGGGUGCAUCAGCCGCCCCUUCGUCAGGCAUGCCGAGUCCCAGUGCGUCGGCGCGCCAGGCGGUCUCGCCGAUCCCGCAGCCGGGAUUCGGGCGUUCCCGAGCCCACUCGGACGUCCCGUCGUCGCGACUCAAAGGCCCGGCCCUAGAACACACGGGCAGUGACGUGUUCGGGCCCACCUCGGCCGCACCUUCGAGUGUGGGAGCGCCGUCGAGCGUCGGCAUGUCCUCGACGGUGGUGACGUACCACACGGCCAUGACGAGCGUGAGCGUCGCGCCUCAGUUACCGCCUCUCACCGUACCGGAAGUGACGAUUCAGCGGCCGAGCUUCGACUUUGACCCAGAGCGUGAAGAGCCAUCCCAUUUCGGAAGGAGUCUCUAG